GGACCUCUCGCUUGAGUCAGCAGUAGUACUGCUACAGUGCCUGCUCUGAUGGCUGUUGCUGUCAAAAAUAGGAAAGGAAAAAAAGAAGAGUGGUACUACUAGUAGUAGUAUCAAGCUCUAUCAUACUAUCAGAGUUCCCGUGUUUGCUUCCAAAUAUAGAAGCGCCGCAGCCACCACUCUCGGCUAUCUAUCUACGGAGAGCAUCUAUCUAUCUGUAUCUAUAUCUAUUGCAGCAGAAUAGAAACUUAGAGCUGGGAUGGAGAGGAGGGCGAAGCAGAAGCCGUCGUGGCAGCUGCAGGCGGCGGCAGAUAUCCAGACGUCGCCGGCGGCUCCGACGGCCCAACGACGGCUGUUCCGGUGCCUGUUCUGCGACAAGACGUUCCUCAAGUCGCAGGCGCUGGGCGGCCACCAGAACGCGCACCGCGAGGAGUCCCAAAUGCUCGCCGCCGCCAGCGACCCAUACGGCGCCGCCGACGGCCGGCCUUCCGAUCCCACCGUCGCGUCUCACGGGGCUGAUGCUGAUGCCGGCCAGGACCAGGACGGGGAGUUGUUGACCCCGCGGCGGGGCUUCACGCUUCCUGAUGGUGGUGGGCACGUCGUCGUCCGCCGCCCGAGGGCCUCCGGCGAGGAGCUGGACCUCGAGCUCCGCCUCUAGCCUUCUUGGAUGCACUAGUGCAAAUACGAUCUGUAAAAUACGUUCCACGUUUUCUGUCUUUGCUUAAGGCCUCUGCUCGAUCUAGUGCUUAGAGCUCUGUACUUAGCUGAUCGUUCUCGCGCUCAGGAUUUUUUUUUCAGUUUGAGUAAUAGUUUUGCCUGCUAGUAUGGGAGCUUAAACUGAACCUGUGUAUCAUUUCCAUGAAAUGGAACAGGGCUUGUGCCUUUUUCUCUGAAAGAAAAAUACUUUCUGCUACAGAUUA